CUCCACUAGCGUAAAACAAAAGAUCCCAAUUAUUUCUGUUCCCGCGGGAAUUUCUGGAAAUCCUUUUUUAGUGCUCUCCUAGGUAGACAAGUACACUGCUGGCAAUAUUUCACAAAGUUCAGAGAUCUGGUGAUGACUGGAACUGAUAUGGAACAGCUUGCUUUACACAGCGAAUAUUAUUUUGGCGAUUGCAGAAGGUCGGGUAUCAGAUUGUAUACCUCGGUGCACAUACAGAACAUUGAAGUUACUGGAAAAAUUAUUAUAAGGGGCUGGAUUGACGUCAAACGCAUACCCACAUGCAUUGUGUUAAGGGGUUAUGCACCUAACGAGCACUUGUUCAGAUCAACUUCAUACAAUUUUCAAAUGUGUGCCCCACGUAUCUCGUAUUGUCAUAGCAAGCGACAGUUCAGAUACUAUUAUUACGAGUGGUAUAUACCUUCAAAUUAUAAGGGUGGUAUGGAUUGGGACAUUUUAUUUUAUGGACCGCCCUCUUUGGUUUGGCAGUAGAACACUUGUAUUUCUUUACUAGAGUCUAUUUCUUCCUCUUGGCUAUAAUCCCAGAUCCUCGCCGCUUUGGAGAGGAGCCUGGAGUACGCCGUUGGACCGUAGAUCCUGGAUUGGGUGAUACAAGUUUAUAGAAUAGAUUUAUUUUCAAAAUUAUCACUUAUUGGCGUCACAUCACUUAAAUCUAAUUAUAACUACUACCGCUUCCAAGGCGCAUGCGUAGAAGAAGCGGCGGAACAAACUACACUGGAGCAUUUUCAUCGGAUGACAUUGAUAUACAAAUAUAGAUCUCUUAUAUCUAAAUCGUGGACGAAUGCACAUUGUCUACAUUAAAAACAUGAAUGAAUGUAGAACUAGUACUACUAUAAACGAAGCGACUCCCAUCCAACCUUCGCAACCUUUGCAGGGGAACCUAACCCGUAUUGGAUCAUAUGGUUACAAAUCCAGUUGCCUGAAUGCGCAGUCCUCACGAUGCUUUUUCUCAACGUAAAAGCAUCGGUUAGUAUUCAAACUAAUGUACAUAACUUCGAAAAUUGUCGUUGGUACAUGGCGAAGUUGGGAUUUGAACCAGUGCCUUUAUGUGCACCGCGCAUUUUAA